CAAUGCUCGUGUGUGGACACACAUGUAUUACUAUUGAUACUUGUACCGUGUCUGUUAGGUACACCAACUGGAGCAUACGCACACAAACGUUAGCCCGUUGCAGGAAUCUUUGUUGACCACAUGCUGAUAGUGCAGGUCCAUGUCUAAUCUCCCUCGACGUAUAUAAGCUGUGCAUAAACUGCAUUUGUACGUACAGCUAUGGCUAAAGGCAAGGGUAAAUCCGCUGGUGACUUCUAUAAGCCUCCCAAGUGGAAGCGAGGUGGCCGUAGCACACACAAGCACAAGACCUUUUCACCAUACCCCAUUGCACACACUAACACACCCCCUCUAGACAGUCCGUUUGUACUGAAGAACCUGCCUACUUGGGCGCUGGCGGAUGGUCGUGAUGUAGGUAGGGAUGUAAUCAGUACACCCGCUGGGGAUAUUAAUAGCACACAGGGUAUAGAUAGCACACAACCCGCGACUGUAUUUACAGACAGAUAUACGCCUGAGGGGGGGGUUGCUGCAAGUCCUGUAAGUGUUAAGCACGUCAAUAAUGCAGGGGAAGAUUAUUCAGAGGCCUUCGUAUCUGCUCGAGUCGUUUCGUCUCCAGUGCAACCGAGUAAACCAAAGCUGAAAGCUCUAUUCACAGGCACGGCUGUGCAUGUGGUUGACGUCGCACACGCCACGAUCCUUUAUCAACAGGUG